CUUCACAUUUGGCGGGGAAAACAGAAUCCUGAAUCCGCGCAGCCGCUGCGUUUUCUUUCGUAUACCCUCCACCGCGACUUGGUUCACAGUUCUUGACUGGGAGAGAAUGGUAGAGAGAGAAAUGGAGGCGACCGCCGGAGGCGAAGGAGUGGAUGAGGAGUUCGCGGUGUGGAAGAAGAACACGCCGUUGUUGUACGACCUCGUCAUCUCUCAUUCCCUCGAGUGGCCUUCUCUCACCGUUCAGUGCCUUCCUUCUCCUCCAUCUCAUGACGGUCCUUUCUCUGUACACAAGCUCCUUCUGGGAACCCAUACCUCUGACGACUGUCCCAACUUCCUUAUGCUCGCUCAGGCCUACCUUCCUCGGAACCCUGCCUCUGGCCUAGAGCACAAUCUCAGUGAAUUUCAAACCCCCAAGGUUGAGAUAGUACAAAAGAUACUCUGUGAUGGGGAAGUGAAUAGGGCAAGAUGUAUGCCGCAGAACACAGGUGUUGUUGCAGCUAAAACUAAUGGCUGUGAAGUUUACGUGUUUGACAGUGCCAACCAGCAUUUGAAUCAUGAUGAAGGGGGAUCUUGUGACCCUUACUUAAGACUGAGAGGUCAUGAUAAAGAAGGGUAUGGCUUGUCAUGGAGCCCAUUCAGAGAGGGGAGUCUUUUGAGUGGCUCAAAUGAUUGCAAAAUUUGCUUAUGGAAUAUAUCUGCUACACCUAAUGAUAAAGUGCUUGAAGCAGAUCAUAUCUAUAAGGAGCAUGAAGAUGUAGUUGAGGAUGUCUCAUGGCAUUUAAAGAAUGAAAAUCUAUUUGGAUCUGUUGGAGAUGAUUGCCGGCUAAUCAUUUGGGACUUGCGCACAAAUAAGCCUCAGCACUCUGUUAUAGUUCAUGAAAAAGAGGUGAAUUAUUUAUCAUUCAAUCCAUAUAAUGAGUGGGUUCUUGCCACGGCAUCUUCAGACACUACAGUUGGUCUGUUUGACAUGCGAAAAUUGAGCUCUCCAUUGCAUGUCUUAAGUAGUCAUACGGAUGAAGUUUUCCAGGUAGAAUGGGAUCCAAACCAUGAAACAGUGUUAGCAUCUUCUGCUGGCGACAGAAGGUUGAUGGUUUGGGACCUUAAUAGGAUUGGAGAUGAGCAAAUGGAGGGAGAAGCUGAAGAUGGUCCUUCUGAGCUUCUGUUCUCUCAUGGAGGUCACAAGGCUAAGAUAUCUGACUUCUCGUGGAACAAGAAUGAGCCAUGGGUCAUAUCAAGUGUAGCAGAGGACAAUUCUCUUCAGAUCUGGCAAAUGGCUGAGAGCAUAUAUCGUGAUGAUGAAGAAUUGCAGACGGAUGGAUCUUGAAUCUUGAACAUGUUUUUUCUGUUGAAACGUUUUUAAAAAUGUUGGGGAAGGUCAUGCAUUGUAUAAUCCUGUUCUGAAUAUUUUUGGAACGUUGGUUAAGAAUGUGUAAUGUGUUUUUUUUUUGUUUGUUUCAAACAUUAGUUGGGUCUGGUGGAAAUGCACAAGAUAGCUUAUUAUAUGCACUUGGGUAACCAACCACAUGUUUGUUAUUCUUAA